UCUAAUUACAUGGAUUUAGUUCGCACGGAGGAAAAAAAAGUUCCAGAAAUGACCUCUCUUUGAUGCUCUAAUGUUUAACGAAACUGGAUCAUCAUGUUCAAGUUGACAUUAUUUUUAACAUCUGCUAAAAGUACGCCGAUGUCGUAAUUUCACCAAAAUUCAUUACAAAAAAAAUUUGAAUUUAAGAUGACGGCGCAGAAAAGCGAAAAGAAUGGAGGAAUUGACACAAUUCCUUCUAAAUCAACUGCACAAAAGACGGCAGAGACCCCCCAGAAGUUCUGGCACAUCAACAGGGAAAUGCUCCGUUUUAAACUCCACUUCUUCUUAUUCAUGGGAGGCCUAGGUUCUUUAAUGCCAUACAUCACCAUCUUCGCCAAAAACAGAAUUGGUAUCUCUGCAACUUCAUUGGCUUCCAUUCUAACCACUCAGCAAUUUCUAUCCAUCUUCUCAAAACCACUCAUAGGUUAUAUUGCUGACUAUUUCAACAAGCUAAAGGUCAUCAUCUGCAUUCUAACUAUAGUUCAGACUAUUUUCUUCUUUCUACUUCUAACGAUUCCAAAAAUUCAAAAGGAAGAUGAGUACGCCAUACAGAGCAAUCAUACACAUAUUUUAAACCCCUAUGAUUACCUGAAUUCUUCUCAUUUGUACUUAAAUUGUUCAACAGAAAAUGACGAUAUUCUAUUCUCGGAAUCUGCUUUAUACUUUCGAAAUAACGAAGAGAUAGAAUACUGUUUAACUUCAAUGAGUUACUUGGCCAAACUUUUUGAUGAAUGCUCUAAUCAAGAUCCAGAAGCAAGGGAUAUCGACAAUGAAGAUCUGAUCUUAGAUAAUAACACCGAAUAUUCUCUACUUCCUAAAGAAAAUUCAAAUAGCUCUUUGACAAUUUCACCUUAUUCUAAUUUCUUGGCGACGUGCAAAAUAUGUUGCAAUUCUACCAGAAAAUGCCAAAGCAUUAAGUGCGAAACUCCAAAGGAUAAUCAAAAGAAAGUUUCACCUAUUAAGAAAACAGUAAGUGACUUUGAAACGUACCAAUUUUGGGCCUUUGCACUACUGACCACCGUUGCUACGGCCUGCACGAAUGGUCUUUUUACCCUUUCUGACACUGCCUGCUGUGAAAGUGUAGAGAAAAACGGUGCCCAAUUUGGUCGCCAGAGACUGUUUGGCGCGAUUGGCUGGGGAUUUGUAUCUCCCAUUGGUGGACUACUCAAUGAUUAUACCAGCGAUUUCACAGCUGCAUGGAUUCUAAUGGCAGUUAUGUCAAUCAUAUCUUUACUAAAUAUACUUAGACUGGAUUUGGUGAAACCUCAGUUUUCUAAAAAUCUUCUGAAAGAUAUCGGUUCUGUUUUAAGAUCAAAAGAGUUCCUGGCUUUUAAACUUUGUGUCUUCUUAAAUGGCAUUUGCACAGGCGUUUUAUGGUAUUAUUUGGUGUGGUAUUUGACGGUACUAGGGGGAAGUCGUUUCCUUUGUGGCAUGGUCCAGACAGUGCAAUGCUUCGUCGGGGAACUCCCGUGUAUGUUCUUCUCUGGAUGGGUUAUAAAGAAGAUUGGUCAGUUUAAUGUCGUAACUUUGGCUCUGAUGUCAUAUUGCAUCCGGUUCUUCUGGUACAGCUACUUGUGCAAUCCGUGGUACGUUCUUCCUGCAGAAGGCCUCUCCGGAAUCACUUAUGGGUUAUUUUAUCCCGCAGUUGCAGUCUAUGCGAAACUUAGUGCCAAACCAGGAACUGAAGCUACAACUCAAGCAGUGUUGUUUGCAGCCCAUGAAGGAUUAGGUGCUGGAGUCGGCUGCGUAGUGGCUGGAGUAGGCUUUGACAAUUUGGGAGGUCACACUACUUUCUUCAUUCUGAGCAUGUUUGCUGGUUGUAGCAUGAUUUUGAGCAUCAUCCUGAAUCUUAGUUUCCGAAGACAAAAAGGCAGCAUUAACGUGACGUCAUCUCAGAGCAUUAAAUAAUACAAUAUUUAGCCAUCAAACUGUUUUAUAUAAAAUACCUGAGAUAAUUCUUAUCUCAAAUUGAAAUUGUGAUGUUUGUUGUAGUAAUGCAAAAAUAAUAAUUUUAAAAAAUUAUGCAAUUGUUAGCGUUAUCUGCCCUCUUUAAGUUUUUCCAAAUUAUUUUUAUUCUCAUUUUUUUUAUUUUUAUUUUCAAAUUUAAAAAACAAUGCGGAGGCGACACAACAUUAUUUUUAGGAAAAGGAUUAUUUUGGUGUUCUGUCUAAAAUAAUUCGUGUAUUAAAAAAAAAGAAGUGUGUAACAGAAUCAUGAACUUUCCAGGAUCUACCAAAAUUUCAAACGUUUAAAAAGUCUGAAAUCAUCGUCAAAAAACACAUAAUAUUGUUUAAAAUAAUGAUUUAAAUGAAAAAUCAUCUUGAAUUUUGAAGAAAUAAUAGCAUGCAUUACAGCAACUAGUGACCUUAUUUCUCCACAACUACAUUUAUGAUAAAUUUUUUAUGAUGCAUCCCGAUUUGAGGAAUGUAUCAUGGAGUUCUUGAACUUAAGUAUCUUAACCUCCGGACUCAACAACUGAUACGGGUAUCAGCAGAGCACUGAUUACUAAGUGUUUAUGUAGUGUUAAGUGAAGAUAUUUCAUAGACUAGUAAUUUGAUAACUUAUAUUUCUGAAUGAUGCUUGCAAAAAGUCAUAAAUCUUUUGAAAAAAUUCGUCAUAUAUAUAUGUAUAACUGAAGAGCAUCGACAUUCCUAUCAGAUUCAAUAAUUUAUUAUAUUUCUUCAAAGAAAUAACUAUAUGAAAAAAAGAUAAGCUUAUGAAAUCAAAAUAAAAAUGACAGCCCUGGAAGACGAUGAAAAGCAAAUUUCCUCAUGGUAAAAAAAUAAAUUUUUUAAAUCCUUUUUUACUUCAUCCUUUUAAUCCUUUUUUACUUAGAAUCAAAGUAUACAAAAAUUAAAUAUAGUAAUCGUUAAAAAAUUCGUCUUCGAAAUUGUGACGAAUAUCUACGUUUCGGUUUUCUCUGAAUCCAAAAAGCAAAUUUUUGGAAUUAUGUCUGUUAUUGCAAUUUUUUUCUUUAAGAUGUUAUCUGCACUUUUUUGAAUUAAAAAGAUAUAUUUCUACCUCAUCAAAAAAAUCAUAAUUUAAUCAUCCUAUCUAUUAAAUGGCAAAAAUCCAAUAUUAAAAGAUUUUACUUGUUCAAUACAUGUUUUAAUCUGUCCAAGUUGUGUUAUUCCCAUGUUCUUAAUAGAAUUCUGCUGCCUUUCAUUUUUGAAAUGCUCAAAUUACUUCAUAGUUUUAAUUAUAGCCAGAAUGCAUUGUUUAAUAUUUAAUAUUUUCUAAUGUUUAUAUUUUCUGAAUAUUAAUGUGUAUUUAGUUUACUUAAAGAAUCUGUAAUAUAUGAUAUAUAAUUCACAUUUCAAUGUAAUUUUUGGCAAUGUUUAUUGCU